AUGGCAGGAUUUGGCCAUGCAAAGGUCACAUACCGCUGGAGGCCCAUUUGGUACGAGACUAGCUAUGGCAAUGCCCAUGACAACGGGAACGAUGGAUACGUAAAUUUCUAUGGCAACAGUGGUGAAUAUGGAGGAUAUGGCGAUGGCGGAGGAUAUAGAAGCAGUAGAGAAUAUGGCAACGGUGGUGAUUAUGGCAACGAUGGAGCGUAUGGCGUCGGCGGAGGAUACAGAAGCAGUAGAGAAUAUGGCAACGAUGGAGAAUAUGACAAUAGCCAUGGAUAUGAUGCUUUUGGUGGUCCCGAAACCGUACAUAGCAAUAGUGAUGGAUAUGGCAACGGCCACGGUGGAUUGGGUAAUAACGAUAAGUAUGAAAUUCAUGGCAAUUCAAUAAGGGGAUAUGGCAACAGUGGUGAAGACAUUAGAUAUGAUUCAAGUGAACAUUAUGAACAAGAAACUGAUUAUGGCAGUCAUGAAUAUUUUGAAACGAGUGGGGGAUAUGGCAACAGUGGAAAAUACAAUACGAACGGCGCCGAAUAUGACAACAGUGGAAGGAACAUUUUCUCUAGCAUCUUCAGCAAUGUUGGUAGACUUUUUGACAACAUGUUUGGUUUCAUGAAUAGCGCUUAUUAA